UAUUCAUCGUUCAUUUUCGAAAGCAAACCCUAAUUCAACUUUCUCCGAUCGCUGCGAUCAUCUAUUGCACCGGCGGUUAUGGCUUUGAACAAUCAACGAAGAGCGACGAGACAUCUCGCUUUGGGUCUGGCCGAUCCUCAGAUCAUCGUUCCAGAAACUGCCUACGCCGAAGCCCAACAAAACAACCGUCGAAGCUUGAUUGGUCGAGUUCUCUCCCCCAGAAGAGUGGAUCUCCACGGGUUGCUGGACAGGCUCCCUCUGGACUGGCACGCCGAUAAAUCUCGAUUGCGCGGCCGCAUCAUCGGGGGCGGGAAGUUCCAGUUCCUGUUCGAGACGGAGCGCGAUCUGGAGAUGGUUCUCUGGUCCGGUCCUUACACGUACGACGGAUGGCUCGUCGUGUUGCAGCGUUGGGAGGACGAACCAGGUCCUGAUUUUCUGAAAUCGAUCCCGAUGUGGGUGAAGAUUCGAGGGAUCCCGAUUCGGUAUCUGUCUGAAGGAACGAUUCGUGAGAUUGUUAAGGGUAUGGGUGAGGUAAUGGAGGUUGAAUUAGAUGAUAAGACUUUUGAUGUGCGUUUCGUGCGUGUUCGUGUGGAUGUUUCGGUGGAGACAAGACUGUGUUUCAAGAAAGUGGUUAGGUUUGAAUCCGGAGAGGUUAAGGUUGUGAGUUUGAGUUAUGAGGACAUUGCGUGUAAUACAGCGCGGUUCAGGUUCUGUCGUAACUGUGGGGAUUUGAAGCAUCUUAAAAAGUCUUGUACACGCAAUUGGGUUGAUGUUCCUGACCCUAAUGAGCGUGCUCUUUCCCCACCGCCUCCUGAUGCUAGUUUUGAUGGCUCUGCUGAGAACAAUGGUGAAAGGGGAACUUCUUCGGGUACUUUGGAGGGGGAGCUCGAACCAGCGGGUGAAGAUGGUGAGUACCAGCAGACGCAAGGUCUUGAUGGGGUUGAUGGAGGUGACGGUAAGCAGGUGCAGUCUGAAAUGGUUGGAACUUCAGCAGAAGGGUCUAAAAGGAAGUUUGAAGCAGUGGAGGAUGAUGAUGGUGUUCUGGAAAAGAAGAUUCGAGGAAGCUCUAACGAAACAGAACCACUUGGAGAAGAAUGAUCUCAUGAAGGUUACAACUGUCAGGGAUCUAGGUUCGUAGACAUUUUCUUGACAGUUUUCAAUCUCUUUUUGGUGAUCAAAAAGGCUUAGUGUUUUGUUUUCGGUAGAAGCAAGUAGAAUAGAACAGUAUGUACAUAGUGGUACCAUUUAAUAUGGGAAAUGCUCGGGGUAAUCGGUGUGGUGUAUGUCGGAUUGUCCAGAUAGUGUUUGUUUCAUUAUGGUCUCGUCUUUUGCUGGUUAUAUGAAAAAGACUCGUUAUGACUUAGGUUA